AUGGCCAGUACGUUACCGUCGUACUUCAAAAAUCUGUCCCUGCUGAGUGCUCAAGCCAAAAGAGCCACAGCCAGCGCCAGUGCCCAGAACACCAGUACCAGCAGUCAAGCACCUGGAAUUGACGUCCAGCAGCUGCUGACAAUGCACACCGCAACUCAGCAACAAACACAGCAGUUGCUGUCAGCCAUUGGGAAGCACACCAGCACGGUUGGCCAGCUGGCGGCCAACUCGGCACAGCCUGCACAGAGUGCUCAUGGAUCUGUGAAAUUGCCCGUGCUCACAAUCAGGAAGUUUGAUGGUGACAUACUUCAUUUCACUGAGUUCAUUGACAUGUUUCAAUCUGCGAUCGGUACAAAUCAAAGCCUGUCUGCCGUACAGAAACUGUCGUAUUUGAGAAGUCAUUUGACAGGCAUGGCCCUGGAUGUUAUUGCCGGUAUUCCCACCACCGAUUCAAAUUACCCCGUGGCGUUAGGAUUAUUGAAGGAUCGCUUUGGCAAGAAGGAUGCCAUCAUCGCAGCCCGAUACCGCGCAAUUACCGAAAUGCCAGUGCCAUCAAAUAAACCUCACAUGUUGCGGAGAUUUUACAACGAGGUGGAGGCUAAUUUGCGCUGUUUGCAAGCGGAAGGUCAAAGUGUGCAACAGGAACUGCUGAUUCCUGUCAUCACUUCCAAGUUACCAAAGUGCGUCAUCGUACAACUUGAGACACAGAAACCCCACAAUCAGAGUUGGACUGUUGAUGAGCUGCGGAAACAGCUGGGAAUCUACCUGGAGGUCCGUGAAUCGGCCGAGCGACUGGCAGGAGACACAGCCAGCAAACCAGAGAGCACUCUGCCACGACCACCGCCUGUUUCCGCACAGCCUCAUGCUGCCUACUCCCAACCUCCGGCCACGGCAGCCACGUUAGUUAGCUCUGUGCGGCGCGCCACUCCGAGAUGCUUCUUCUGCAAGUUGCAACACUUCUCGGACACCUGCCCAACGUUCAACACGGUUUCUACCAGACAGCAGCAGCUACAAGACCACUGCUUUGUAUGCUUACGGAAGGGACAUUGGGCAAAGGACUGUACUGCUAGAAGACCCUGCUAUCACUGCAAUCUGUUGACCCAUCACCGUGCCCUGUGCCCUCAGAAAUUUGGCUCAUCACCAGUGUCAGCUGCCGCAAGUACCUUCUAUCCUACUCAGCAGCAGCAAGGGCCACAGAAACAUACUACCGCUACGGUGCACGUCCAGUCCAAAGGUGUGAAUCUCCCAACCGCCAUCGCAACUGUCGCCGGGCAAGGCAACAUCUCAGACUGCCGACUGUUGUUUGACACCGGCUCAACUCGCACAUUUAUUCAUGAAUCGUUAGCUGCCUCUGUCAACGCAGCUGUUGUCGGUGAAGACGUGUUGUCCAUCGCUAGUUUUGGAUCUGCGUCCCGGCGAACGGUCACCCUGCCGAGAGUGGAGUUUUCCCUCCUAUGUCGAGAUGGAUCAGCCUUGCCCGUAACCGCCAAUGUUAUGCCGUGGAUUUGUUGUCCUGUUGUCAAAUCCCCAAUCGACAUCGGCCAGUACCCUGAAGUCAAGAACAUCCAACUAGCUGACACCAUUGUCACCAAGCGUGAGGAGGUAGAAAUUGACCUCCUUAUCGGCACGGAUUUCUACUUCUCCAUCAUGGGUAACGGUCACAUCCAACUCAACAACGGCCUGGUCUUGCUGAACUCCAAAUUGGGAUUUGUCCCAGCAGGCCCUACUGACACAGAGACAGAUGACACUGCGGGCCACAUAAUGCUCACAGAUGCUACCACCUUGCCAGACCCAGUAUUUGAUCUCCAACGUUUCUGGCGACUUGAAGAUAUUGGUAUCACCGAUGACAUCAGUGAUCCGCAGACAGCGGACGACAUUGCCCUGGAACACUUUCGCAGCUCCUUGCAACUGAUCAACGGCCGAUAUAAUGGUAUCUUGGCCAUGGAAAGAUAG